AUGCUACGUGUACCGCUGGCCACCUCAGAGAAGAAGACCAUCUUUGGGAGGUGCGUGUCGUCCAUCAGAAACACAUGUCCAACCCACCCGCCGACCGUAUCAAAGGCCUUGGUCAGGUGCACAAAGAGGAUGUACAGGCUCUGAUUCUGCUCGCGGCAUUUUUCUUGAUAUUUCCUAUGGCGAAUAUCAUGUCGAUUGUCCCUCUGUUUUUCCUGAAGGCACACUGACUCUCGGACACGAAAUCAUCCAAGAGGUCGUGUGUGAUACAGCUCAGUAUGAUGAGUGCCAUGAGAUUUCCUGGAAUACUCAACGGCGAGAUGCCUCUGUGGCUGUCACAGGAUGCUCUGUCAUCUUUGUUCUUGUACAGGUGGAUGGCUUUGGUGUCCUUGAGGUCAUUAGGGAGGUAUCUCAUCAGGAACAGGUGCUUUCCCAGCCUGGAGCUGCUUAUUUUUUGGGGGGGUUUCCUCCAGUGUUGGGGGAUCGUCAAGAGAGCUUAGAACCGGGCGCUGAAGUAUAUCUUGGAUUGCUUACUGGUCGAUUUGCUGAGAAGUUGGCUAAAGAUUUUUCACCAACUUUGAACGAUAUCAGACUUCCCUGUAAGCAGGGUUCCAGCCGAAUAUGGGACAGGAUGAAAUUGAAAGAGGGGCCAUAUAUACAGUCUUCGGGCCCUCGAAGAACCUCUUAA